AGCAUAGAUAGGAUUGACAUGCGUUCCAGUACAAAUAGAUUGUGUGACGGUGUCCGCCAGAUGGUUGCAACUAUCCUUUCCCUGGGAAACAGUAACAAGGUGUACAUAUGUUCACUACAAGAAGAAGAAUUUCGGACUCUGCGUCCGAAGCACUGCCAAGUUUCGUUCCAUGGCAAAAGCUUCUGGUAGCAGGUUUAGCUCUCGGUGGAACUGGAUUAUUAAUGUUGCCACGCUACGGACCAUUCCAAUUGGUAAACACUGAAGUAACGAACAACACCUCUGUAAACUCAAAUAUUAGUACACAGAAGAAUCUAAUGACAGUACAAACCGUAAUUGGUCUGAAUUCCGAAUCUACAUUAGGUGAAACGAUGACAUCAACUUAUUGUCAUAUUAAUGCAUGUAGUAGUAUAACCUGCUCGUACAACUCUAUUAAUUUCGAUUACGAUGCUGGAGAAAGGACGUCGGAAUUCUUGGAAACUGUUUUCAAGGACAAGUGCAGCAACACUAAAUCCAUCAAGCUGUCGUUGGACAACUGCAUAUUCCGGGCGAAUGCGCUUCGAAAAAAUUGGCUGCGCACCGACCUGUCGAUCGAGGAGUUAAACCUAAACAGCUGCGUGCUACGUGAAAUAGAAGAUGACGCGUUCGCCCUGCCGAUUUUCAAAAAAACGAAGAAGAUCACCUUGUUAAACAAUAAGUUGUUGCAGUCGCUGCACAAAGCCAUGUUUCGCCACUUGAUCAGCUUAGAGGAACUAGCUAUCAGAGGAAACGUCAUCGUACAAGCUGAAUUCGAUUUACUGGAGAACGUAAACAAUUCUCUAACUAACCUCGACUUAAGUACCGCGAUCAAUGAUCCUCUGGUGCUUAGAAACAUCACUGGGGGCAGUAACCUCCCGAAACUUCUAAUACUAGGUCUGCAGGGAAAUUCUAUACCGACGAUCACUAAUGAAUCCUUUACCGGGGUUACAAAGGUUCAAUCCCUCUACCUUCAAAAUUCAAACAUCAAGACUAUAUCACAGGGAACCUUCAAUCCAAUGGAUUCUUCUAUACGUCAAAUAAUAUUAAGUAAUAACGUUAUUUCCUCGUUACCAAAUGGUCUCUUCAAUUCCAUUCUUAGGUACCAAAAGCGAUUCAGGACAGCAUUAGAUAAUAAUCCUUGGAACUGUGAGUGUAGCCUGAAAUGGAUGCAGGAUCUUAUCAAGAGCCAUCCAAAUGUAUUGAUGAAUGUCCCAUUGUGCAGAACGCCAGCAGCGAACGCUGAAAAAUCAUUCGAGACCGCAGAGUUCUGUCAAUCCGACUCUACUGCCACGCACAUGUCGUUCGUAGAAAGUAGCACAGAACCCACUAAGACAUCGACGACAAGUACAGACGCAUCUACCGAAAUGAUUGCAGUGAACUGCAGCAUGACCCAAUUCCUUCACCGAAAGCUUUUCUAUUCCGGAGGUCUACGGAAGCUCCUGGCCACAGAUUUAACAUUUCCAUUCCGUUCACCAGACUUCUUCAUCCAAUCGAAAACGGACCGGAGUAUACGGAUCAACUUGCCUAAUCACAGCGAAGGGGUCACGCUGCUCUGGUUCGACAGUAAUGACGUCAAGGGCUCGGUCAGCUGUGUGAGACGCGUCAGGGACUCUUAUCAAGUGCGGAAUAUCGAUCCUGGUACCACGUACACGAUCUGUUUGCUCAGCGAUAACGAGGACACCGUGUCUCCGCUGAAUUGCCUGGCAGCGACAACGAAAGAGGAUAAGGUUCUAGUUAUCAUCAUCUUGACAUCGAUUCUCGCGCUGUGCUUUCUGGCAGGUGUUUUCUUUGCCAUUGCGAUGGUAUGGAAGCAUCCGUCACUGUUGCGAGGUAGCAAACGCGUGAUAAUGGUAAAGAAGAAUAAAGCGGACGUCAUUGUACUUCCGAAAGGAAUGAAAGUUGAGGAACAGAGGCAAACAUGUGGAAUUAGGUCUCGGGUGAACAGUAAAUCGGAGGAUGACUAUAUCACUCCUCUGCCACCAGCGCCUGCUCCUCCUCCUAGAAUACCGAGGAUCUCUAGAGUGAGCUUGCAAAGCGAUUGGCACAGUUACGUUUCCGCGGUAGAUCUGCCUGGGAGUCAGUUUGCUUCUUGGAGUCCGACGAGGCAGAACAGUGAACAGGAGAGACAGCGAUACGAUGCCCCACCGUUGCCGCCGUACCCUUUGAAUGAAAUCCCUUCGUUGUCCUUGACAGUUGAGGGGAAGGAAGAGGAUUUAGAGUCAGUAGUUCGGCUCCAACGUCGAAGCUCUAUCUGA